AUGGUUGAUGAGGCUUUUGUUUUAUGGGAAGAUCUGAAAUUGCAAUUUUCUGCAGGAAACGGACCGCUUGUUAGUGAACUACACGCAGACAUUGCAAACUGUCGACCGAACGGCGAUAGUGUUAUGGUGUAUUUUGGGAGACUUAAGAAGAUGUGGGAUGAAUUGGCAAUUUACAACCCAAUUCGUUCUUGUAGUUGUGGUGAACUAGCUACACAAUUGGAAGAAGACCGUGAGGAAGAGAGAACCAACACGUUUCUCAACGGUUUAGAGACAUCACGUUUUGGGACAGUACACUCCACCAUAAACAGCAUGGAGCCACUACCAAAACUCUCUCAAGUGUACCAGCGUAUCAUACGAGAAGAAAGACAGCAGACUAUGAUGCGUAACAGAGAAGCAAAUAUAGAGGCUGUUGGAUUUGCAGCACGUGCUGGUAACUGA